GCAUUGUUCCCCCGUAGUGUGCUUCACUCAGUUUUAUGUUGUUAGCAAAAAAAUAACCAUCCGAAAAAAGAAAAGAACCAACCGAACACACAAAAACAAACAUGUCUUCCAGCCAUGCCGCACCGUCCUCCAAAUCGGUCAAGUUCUACUCCGCCUCGCUCAGUGCGGGCGCGGCCAGCGACAGUAAAUUCGUGGUGGAUAUCGUGAACCGUCUGGAGGAGCGUAACCGGCUACAGGUUCCCAUCGACGGUGUGGACCGAACGCCGGCCAAUCUUGCGCCACCAUUCUUCGGCGAGGAAGCGUUCGUGUGGAGUCGCUUUCGGGAGCAGUUUCACCCGUUGGCCAACGAUAUGGAAGAUGCCACAGUGCCCACCGCCGACAAACCGGACGGGUUCGACAACUUUGAAACCCAACCAAACUACGAGGGCGUUAUCGAUCGGCGCAGCCCAUCGCUGGAGGCGGGCCAGAAGACGUACCACGUCAAGAUCCGGCUAACCGAAACCGACGACAUCGUCCUGUUCGAAAGCCCCAGCCAUGUCGUGUCGCUCGACGCGGAAGAGGCAGCGCGCGUGCAGGAGCAGAACCGCCGCUUCGAGACCCGCCCCAAAGCACGGCGAACGGCCGACGCCGAGGCGCAGACCCGCGACCUGCCGUGCAAAUCGCGCUCCGUCAACACGGAGUGCAUCCACCGGCAGGAUGUGGCCUCGUUCGUGUCCAACUACGACAUGUACGACACGUACAACGAUCUCGAGCGGCACACGAAAGAGAUCAACGUGGCGGACUCGGCCUCCAAGCUCGAAAUAACGACCUACUCCCGCGAAGGCAUGGAGGACAUUGACGAGCGGCUCAAUCGGAACGCCAACUUUCACCUCUCGUCGAUGAUCCUGCAGCGGCUGCUCGCGGGCAAUGUGUACCGCGAGCAGCAGAUCCGGUUCCGCAACAUGUAUCCGCCCGAUCCGUGCCGGGAGGACAUCCGCUACCUGUACCGGCUGGACGUGCUGUGGACGUACCGGACGGUGGAAACGCUCGGCAAGCCGGUGGCCAGUGCGAGCUGGUGUCCGGCGAACGGGGACAUUGUGGCGCUCGCGUACGGCAUCUACGGCCACACCGGCAGUGACGAUCGGGGCUGUGGGUUCGUGUACGUGUGGAACAUUAAGAAUCCGGUCAACCCCGAGCGGCGCUAUCGGUUCGAUUGCCCCGUCACGUGUGUGGCGUUCUCUCGCCGCACCCCUCAGCUGCUGGCCGUGGGGCUGUACGAUGGGCGGGUGCAGGUGCGUGACAUCACCGACACCACGCAGACACCGCUGGCCGUCUCGAACCGGGACCGCUUUCCCGUGUACCAACCGAUCUGGGACCUGAAGUGGGUCGAGUUCGACAACGAAGGCAAGGACGAGGUGAUUGCCGUCUCGCAGAACGGGUGGGUCAUGAAGUACACGCUCACGAUCGGCCAGUAUCUGCUUCCCUAUCCACUGCUUCGGCUCGAUCGCGUCGAAGGAACACCGGAGGGACAACCGAGCACCGGGACGUCCGCGCCCGCCGACCAGCAGCCGGUCAGGGUGCAGUCCGAUCUGCACCCGCAAGCACUGUGCGUCACGAUCCACCCGGUCCAGAAGGACAAGUACUACAUCGGCACGGACGAGGGCGCGGUGCACUGGUGCAGCAUCAAUGAUCCGUUUCAGCAUCUGGGCGUGCUGCAGAUGCACAGCCGCGGCAUCUUCUGCCUCGAGUACUCGCCCUGGAGCCCGCGCAUCUUUCUCACCUGCAGCGGCGACUGGAGCAUCCGCAUCUGGAUCGAGGAGCUGCCGGAACCGAUCGUAACGCUCUGCACCGGGUUCGCCCCGAUCCAGGCGGCCUACUGGUCGCCCACCAACAGCACGGUGAUCGCGAGCGUCACGCGCAGCGGCGUGCAGCUGUGGGAUUUGAAGCGCCGCAGCUCGAAACCGGCCUCGGAAACGACGCUCGGGAGUCUGACGACGGCGCUGACCGUGGUACGGUUUACGAACUGUGGCCGCUGUCUGCUGGUGGGCGAUGCGGAGGGCAAGGCGCACGUGUGCGCCCUGGAGGAUAUGCCGUUUCCGCCCCACUUUCAGUACCGCGAGCUGCAGUCGGCCCUGUACGGGAAGCUGGUGACGACGCCGGAGCUGUUGACGCGCGUCAAGCGUAUGGGCUACCUGGGCUACUGAGUGGAAUGGGGUGGAGCAUGUUGUAUUUCGGGUUCGUCGCCUGCUUCGUGUGUGGCAAAAGGCGGCAGUUCACACGAGCUUCCCGAUCACACGCUGCGUUUACAUCGGACUGUUUCAGAAAACUAUUAUCGGUUGCUUGAGCUAUUAAAGCAUUGGAGGGAUAACAACCAUAACACACAUACGCACACACACACACACCCUUCUCCAGCGCCUCCUGUGCAUUUGCAUGUGAUUCCUGCGCGGUCGGUUACGAGCGCGCUCUCAUGGGGGUUUUACGAUCGUUUUAAAAUGAUUUUAAAAUUCGGUCAUAAAAUUAUUUUAUAAUCUUUACCCGUGCCUCCACUCUUCUGCGCUCUUACAAGACGCUCAGUUCCUGUGGAUGAGAGAGAGAGCGGGAGAAAAAAGCCUCCGCCAGGCUCCUUAUCGAAAUGUGUUGUGUGCGCGGUGGCUGAUUGGCUAGACAAAAACCACUUGCGUGUGUGUGUGUGUGUGUGUGUGUGUGUGUGUGUGUGUGUGUGUGUGUGUGUUGGAGAUGAUCCUGUCCUGGUUUGCAGUGGAUAAGGCUGGAUAGUCGCGCCACUCUAUCCACUAUCUAUUAGAUGCUUAUUAGAAUACAUUUUGUGAGCAAAA